AUGUGUUGCCCCGAAUUUAUAGCUAAAUAUGUACUCUUCAUCGCCAAUCUUGUUUUUUCGUUGGCAGGUCUAGCUAUUAUAGGUCUUGGAGUGGCCGUCUUAGUAAAUCUACGGGAACUUCAAGACAUUCUACCAAUCAACGCUUUGCCCAUAGGGAUAAUCGCCCUCGGAUGCAUCAUAUUCAUCAUUGCAUUCCUAGCGUGCUGUGGAGCGAUAAAGGAAUCAAGAUGUAUGCUGAUAACCUACUCCAUAUUCAUGGUGAUACUGGUGGCCGUGAAGAUCUACCUGACUGUGGUGGUAUUCGGUUUUCUGUCCGACAUCACCAGCACAAUAACCAGCUGGGUGACCACAGCGUUCAACACGAGCAACUUAAGAGACGUAUAUCACGUCAUGGAAGCUCUGUUCAAUUGCUGUGGAACAACCGGCCCCUCUUCGUACGACGGUAUCUUGUCACAGCUGCCGCCCUCGUGCUGCGCCAGCCCCGUUGACAACACCUGCUAUGCCCCCAACGCGUUCCCCGGCUGCACCACUCGACUGAUUGAUUACUUCGAUACCUUCGGUGGGGCCAUCGGCAGCGUUCUGAUCAUUAUCAUAUUUCUUGAGGAUAAGAGGCCCGAGUUAAGGCAAUGCGAUUUUACCCCGGUUCGACUCGACGGGGGUGCUAGUUUUUUUUUCAUAGUCGUUGGAGGCAUACCGCUCACUUUAAGUUCAUCUCGAUCAUCUUCGCUUGGUUCCUGUCGCAUUCUUAUUCGCAGAAACGGCGCGGGAAUAUAG